GUAAAUUCUUUGAAUUGAAACGAAGGUAUAAAUAAACCCUAGAAAUGUUUUAUUGCAAAUCGACACUAUGAAACUCUUUAUCGCGACGCUGAUAAUUUGUUUCGGUAUAUCGUUGGUUCUAUCCACUUCCGAGAACCAGAACGACAAACAACAGCAUAUUAAAGAAAAAUCCCACGUACACCAUGAAAAGGGAAAAAAUCACCACCUCCACGAGAAACACCAUCAUCUAAGACAUCAUAACCAUCAUCUACACGAAAAAACUCACCACAAAUCUUUCAACAGUAGAGGCCAUUCUUCAGAACACCAUCAUCAUCAAACUGCUGCCAGAAGUCAUUAUCACCAUGGGCACUCUCUUUCUCAUGCUUAUCGAUCGCAACCGAACAACCAAUGCUCCUGGGUUUGUAAUGGAACACAAAAUCCUACCGACACUGGUCUUGAAGUAACAUUGAAGAGCUCUAAAUCGUUGUUUGCACUGCUUAGCAAGACAACGAAGUAUGCUCUUAUACUGGACUUCAAAGCAUCUACAGCUACUCUGCUCAGUGGCUCCCAAGGAACCUCCUACGUAUCUGAUCUCCAAGCAGGAUCAUUUUACCAAUUGCAACAUUCUGACUUGAACUGGAAUUCAUCAUCAAGCUUCCAGGAUUAUUUGGAAAAGUUUUCCGCUGCAGAUACAUUAAAAGCUGCUACGACCAAUGGCCAAACAUUAGAUAUAAAUAAUUUGUCAGGAGUAGCUAGCACCGAUUUGCAAUCGAUUUUAAAAUCGUUUGGAGUUUCUUCGCCACCUCAACAGUUUUUAAAUGUCCUGUUAACGUUCUCCAAAAAUGUAAGUGGUGUUCUAGCUCCUUUAUUCCGUCAAGAUGUGUCCUUCACACUUCCAAAUAAUUUUGAGUGGUUUUUGACAGUUACUCAAAGCUUGGCCCAUUUCAGAAAUUUUGGUCUUGACAUAACACCUUUAAAUUCAGAUUGUAGAAGUAUCUUCUCGAGGAGUAGCGGAAUAGAAGUCUUGAUUAACUUAUUAUCUAGAUUAGGCAGAAAUAAUGAUCUUGGUGCGUUCAUUAACAAUAUUACUAGUUCUCGAGAAACAGCUCUGGGAGUUUUAAGGAACAUUAGCGCUGGAUCGAAUGAAGGUUUAGAUGGAUUAUUAACUGUCUUAGUUCAUGUAGUAGAACUUAUUCACGGUCAAGGAUCUGUGGAUACUGUUGUUAGUUCUGUGCUUAAGCUUAAUACGACUUCCAUAAAUGAAAUAACGGUGGGAGAAGUUGUUCAUAAAGCUAUAGAAGCAGCUGAAGCCCAGGAACGGAAUUAUCCUCACAAUGAAGGUAUUAAGAGAUUGCUAACAUUCUUACGAGAGCUGGACCAAGGAACUUUAGCCAUAAAAAAUAUACGUAUUCUUGAUUUGAUAAAACUGUUCCUCUCACCUAAUCCUCUCGAUAAAAUUAGGAGCAUUGUUCACAUAUUCUCCAAUUUUUCACCAUCUCAAGGCAUUCCUGCUUUUUUCAAGUUUGUGACAGAAGCUUUAGGUAGCCAAAAUGGUACAUUCCUAUCUCACCUUAUACCUGGGUUUAAUAUAUCUCAAUUUACCAACGGUGCCAAUCUGCAAAAUAUUCUACAAGGGAGAAACUGGACAGAACUAUUCUCUAAUAGUUCUAACUUCCAAUCAGCUCUGUCACAUAUUCCAAUUUUUGGACAAAUAGCGAAGCAAAUUUCUUCAGCAUUCGGAGGCGAUAGUAAUCUUUCCAGAUUUUUCAACGCCAGUAGCUUUCAAAAUAUAUUUUCAAAUGGAUUUGGUGAUGUUAUUAAAAAUUUUGGAAAUCCCCAAGGUGGUGGUAACCCUAUAAGUGGAAUAGUUGAAAAUAUACAGAAGAGCGUUGGGAACAUAAUUCCAGGGAAUUCUCUUAAUCAGUCCACAUCUACUGAAGCUGGAAGUACUACAGAACCAAGUACAACUGAGAAAUCAUCAGCAAAUACAGAAACUACCGAGCAUGAUGGUUCAUCACCAGCAAUAGAAACGACUGAGCAUGAUGGUUCAUCACCAGCAAUAGAAACAACCGAGGCCAGCAAACAAUCACCAAGCACAGAAGCAGCAAAAUCAACCCCUCCACCAAUUUUAGCAGAUCCAUUUGCUGGUGGUGUACCCAAUCUAUUUGGACUCAGAGGAAACCUUGACUUUAACAUUGGCUUGGAUGGCAGAAAUGCUCGUCACCAAAAUCGACUUAAACGCAAUGUCCAAGGAACAGCCUAAUUAAGUCCCCGAUGGAAAUAUGCUGUACUUGAUUAGUUUUAAUUUAUAUUCAUUAAAAAGUAUAUUGUA